AUGAGCAUCAGCGAUGUACUCAUCAGAACAGAUGCUCUACUUGACAAGUACGGGAAGUACACCGCGGAAGAUGAAGCAAAAAACAAAGAAAAGUCCAACGACAGAUUCAUGGAUGCUUAUACAGAUAUGGUAGAUCGCGUGAAUGAGCUCAGCCUGAGAGCAGAGGCAAUCGGCCAGGAAAAGAACAGGGCCCUCAAAGCAUCCCAGAACGCAGAACUCAGGCGUGAGAAGGGUCUGCUGCUAAGCGAGGAGCUUCCAAAGCUUGAAAAGCUUGUGAAGAAGGGCAAGAAGGUCACCCAGGAGAUCGUAGAUGACAGGCUAGGAAAGGUGAGGCAAAUAAAGGAGGGAAUUGAAUCUGUGCCUGAUGGGGUGCACACUCAGCGCAAGCCUUUCAAGGAAUGGGAGGAUGCUAAGAGGAAGCAAGAUAAGGCACUGGACAAUAUUGAGAAAGGUAUUGGCACCCUGAAGGGGAUCGGCGAGGCCAUGGGAGAGAGCCUCAACCAACAAGAUGUUGUGUUGGAUACAAUCGAUGAAAAGAUGAACAAAGUCACUGAGCAGCUGAAGACAAACAACGUGAAGCUCAAGGGCAUUGUGACACAGAUGAGAUCCAGCCGAAACUUCUGUUUGGAUGUGGUGCUCAUCUGCAUCAUAUUGGGUCUAGGUCUCUAUCUGUUCCAGUUGUUUAAAAAGAAAUGA